AGUAGUGUUGCCUGUGGGAGGAGAAGGAGGAGGAGGUAGUGAGUUGGAGGAAGGAGUAGGCUUCUCAGUUUCUGUAUGUCCUGCUUGCUGUAGGCAACAGAAUGAGCGCAGUUGCUCUCCUCUCAGUUUGAGAGGCAACUGCUCUUUUUUCCUUUUUUUUUCCUUUUAGUUUUUAUUGCAUCCAAGACAUCGAUAGAAGUCAUUUUCAAUGCCCUGUCACGGACCCGUGUGUCCAGCUCUUUUGUAAUCAUUUUGUAAACCAGGGGAAAGUACCAUGCCGGUAGUUGGCGUAGCCUCCAAACUUAGGCAACCCUCUACGGUGAAGCCAGUGCACACCGCUCUCCCCAUCCCCAGCAGCCUUCGGGCGACCAACACCUCUCAGGGCUUCAUGGCCAGGCAGCAGGAGCUCAAGGCAAGUGAGGGUGUCCCGAUGCUUUCCUGCCAGCUGUCGGUCAAGUCUGAGUACCAGCCGACAAGAACAACAGAAGGAAAGUCUAAGACUGAAACGGAGGAGAGCAGGAUCUGCAAGAUUUACACAGACUGGGCCAAUCACUACUUGGCCAAGUCUGGAUGUCCACGCCUCAUCAAGGACCUGAGCCAGGAUGUCACUGAUGGAGUCUUGCUGGCACAGAUCAUCCAGAUAAUAGCGAAUGAGAAGGUGGAGGACAUCAACGGCAGCCCCCGGAGUCAGACACAAAUGAUUGAGAAUGUGGAUGCAUGCCUCAGUUUCCUGGACGCCAGAGGAGUGAAUGUACAAGGGCUCUCAGCAGAAGAGAUCAGGAAUGGCAACCUAAAGAGCAUACUUGGUCUCUUUUUCAUCCUGUCCCGCUACAAGCAGCAGCAGCAGCAACAGCAGCAGUACUACCAGUCGCUGGUGGAGCUCAGCCAGCAGACCAGCAGCACGGCAACAUCUGCCAGCAGCCUCAAGUCGCAAGAGAUGCAGUCCAGUCUCACGGCGCGAUAUGCAAGUCCUCCAGGCCAUACUGGAAUAGGAUCGCCACAGAAGAAAAACACAAGGUUACCAGGACCCUCCAGGGUACCUGCUGCAGGCAGCGGGGCCUCCCGGAGUCCGGGCUCAUCCAAUCUGAACCGCCGCAGCCAGAGCUUCAACAGCAUCGACAAGAGCAAACCUCUCCAGUAUGCCAGCGGCAACGACAGAGAGGCGAUGAGGAGCAUCCCAGUACCCGGCGGGAUGAAUGGAAGCGGUGUAACUGGGACUGUUCCCACCAGCCUAAGUGGGCAGCAGCUGGCCUCUGCCAUUCCCUCCCCCGCCGCUAGCAAGUCUUGGCGCAGCAAGUCUAUGAACCUCAAGCACAGUGCCACUUCAUCCAUGCUGGCCAGCCCCACACAUUCACCUUCUCCAUCACCUUCACCAAAUAUCCAAGAGGGCAUCCAAACACAUGGUAAUGAUGGGUCCAAAGUAGGUGGACCCCAGAGGUCCAUGCUGGAGAAGUUCCGUCUCAUUAACCCUCGAUCCGCCUCCCGAGUAUCACCAUCUAUGGCUGAAAUGGCUCUGCAGGAGGAGGAUGACCUUUCAGAGUAUGGUGAAGAUGGACUUACGCCCACAGGGUCUGUAUGCAGCAGCAGCAGUAGCAGCGCGACAGCGAAACAAAUGCCCUCUAAGACCGCCACAUCGUCUCUGACUGCAACAAGCAAGACCUCAUCUUCAUCCCCUUCAUUUUCAAAGGGUUCUGCCAAUGCCAGCAGGUCAGCGGCCACAUCCAAAGACAAGGAUGACAAAAGCAAGUCUGGGAGCAAGCUCCAAUCCAAAGAGGAGCGGGAGUCUUUUGCGGACUCUACAAAGAAGACCUCCAAAAUUGCCAGCCUUGUACCGAAGGGAGCCAAGCCAGGAAAGAAAGACGCCACAGCCUCCACGGGUUCUAGUGGCAUCCCCAAGCCAGGACUUAAAGCCCCCUCUACAACUGGGGCAAAGCCUCAGGGUCAGUCGCAAAGCCAGGCGGGCUUAAACAGCGCUGCAAAUCUGCGAGCAGGCGAGGGGGACAGAGCCAAGAUGUCAAAAGGUGGGCAAGGUUGCUACAUGCAACGCUCCAGCGGAGGUCCAGAGGGCAAGAGAACCAGCAUGACCUCCUCCACCAGUACCUCAGCCCUGUCUGGUUCCAAUGGAAUGCUGGCAGGAGGAGGAGCGCUUGGGGGGAAUGGUGUCGUUCAACUCCCACAGCAGCAACAGCACAACCACCCCAAUACUGCCACCGUGGCUCCCUUCAUGUACAGGACAUUCUCAGAGAAUGAUUGCACCAUGGUGGCCCCGGCCGACCCCUGCCUCAGCCCCACCAAGGGUGAGCUGGUCUACAGCAAGACAGCCAAACAGUGCCUGGAGGAGAUAUCAGGAGAGGACCCCGAAACAAGACGGAUGAGGACAGUAAAGAACAUUGCUGACCUGCGGCAGAACCUGGAAGAAACCAUGUCCAGUCUACGGGGGACACAGAUCAGCCACAGCACACUGGAGACAACCUUCGAUACAACUGUAACCACAGAGGUCAAUGGGCGGAGCCUUCCCGCCCUCGCCACACGCUCCUCCCCCAUGGCCUGGCGCCUGGGACAAACGCAAACGCCGCGUCUCCAGGCGGGCGAUGCCCCCUCCAUGCCCGGCAGCUAUGCUGCGCCUCGGGCGGCUACAGCGGGCGCUGGCACCACCACGGCAGGGCGCUACAGUGGGCACUCUGACCCCUCCAGGUUUGUGUACAGCGCCCCCCUGAGGCGAGCGGCAGGGGCGCGGGGGGUGGAGCAGGGUGAGAGGGAAGGAGGAGGAGGGCUGGAAGGAGGGAAGCCGAUGGAGGUGGCGGGGUACAUGAGUGAUGGGGACAUCCUGGGAAAGAACGGACGGAUGGAUGAGAUCACCAGCGGAUAUCUAACAGAUGGAGGUCUGCAUUUGUAUGCACGGAACGCCGGCCGCGCAUCAGACUCGGCUUCUUCUCGAGAAACAUCCCACAGAGGAAGCAAAGAGAUACAGGGGGACAUAGACAGCUGGGACGACAGCAGCUCGGUGAGCAGCGGCCUGAGCGACACCUUGGACAACAUCAGCACCGAUGAUCUGAACACGCCCGUCUACUCCUCCGUCAGCUCGUCACGCAAAAGCAAGGGCACCCAGUCUCAGAGAGGAAGUAAGUCCAAGCAUGCCGAGCAGGAGGUGAGCAGUAGCUGGGCAGGAGCCGAGGACCUGAAGAAGGUGGACGAGGAAAUCGACAUGACCAUGGACCCCAACGCCGCCUCCUCUCGCUGGAAGCCUUCCUCGUCCUCAUCGUCCUCCCAAGCCCAAAGCCAGUAUGAGGAGGUGGGUCAGAAGGCCACAGCGCUGGCCCAAAUAUCCCAGACUGGGUCACUGAGAAGGGGCAUGACAGCCCAGGUGGGCAUCACACCACCCAGGACGAAGGGUACUUCUACUUCCCUAAAAACACCCGGCAAGACAGAUGAUGCCAAGGCUUCGGAAAAAGGCAAGGUGCCCUCCAAGAGUGCAUCUGGCAUCCAGCGCUCCCCCUCAGACGCUGGUAAGAGCAGUGGCGACGAAGGCAAGAAACCCCCCUCUGGCAUUGGACGCCCACCCACCACAGGUUCUUUUGGAUACAAGAAGAUCCCCGGUCCCACGGGGACUCUAAUCACCUCCAGUGGUGCCACACUCUCCAGUGGUUCAGCUACCCUGGGCAAGGCACCUAAAUCUUCAGCUGUCCAGGGCAAAAGCGCAGGCAUCAGUUGCGUGCGGAAGACCAGCCUGGAUGGUUCACAGCCUCAAGAUGAUGGCAUUCUACUCACCUGCGGGGGCUCCAAAGUGCCUCUCCAGUACCGCUCUCUACCUAGACCGGCUAAAUCCUCCAGUGGAGUAGCAGCAGGACGCAGCGGACACCGCUCUAGCUCCAGCAGCAUCGACUCCAACGUCAGCGGGAAAUCAGUUGGCGGAGGGGCAGCAGCUGGAGCCAAGCGUCGGGAUGGGGGAAAGGUGGGCUCCAGUGAUUGCUCCAGUCCCAUCAACAUGAACCAGACGGACAAGGAAAAAGUAACGGUAACAGAGCAGGAUCCGGGACUCUCUACAUCGCCCAAGUCCAGCCCUUCGUCUUCUUCAGCGGGGCAGACGGGCCUCAGGCAGCCGGGCUCCAAAUACCCUGACAUUGCCUCUCCUACCUUCCGCAGAUUAUUUGGCACCAAAACCAACAGCAAGGCCAGCUCCCCAGGCACGCCUGACUCUGGCAAGUGCCCCUCAAUCCUGGGCAGCCCGCACGGUACACUGGCGAGGCAAGCCAGUCUGGAAUCGCCCUCCUCUGGCACAGGGAGUCUGGGCAGUGCUAGCGGCUUGAGCGGCGGCAGCAGCCCGCUGUACGGUAAAACCCCCGACCUGUGCACCGACUCCCCGGCCUCCAGCCCGGCCUCUGGCCUCUCACUGCCUUCCAACGCUCGGCCCUGGCCUGCCUGUAGUUCGUCAGCUGGCAGCAAGGACACACUGAGCUGCCAAAGCAUGACCAGUCUGCACACAAGCUCUGAGUCCAUUGAUCUGCCUCUGGGCCACCACGGGCCCAAGGUCACAAGAACUGGCAGUGUCAAGUCCACCCUGUCUGAGGGCAUGCCUCUUGACAGAAACACCCUUCCCAAAAAGAGACUGAGGUACCCUCCGUCGACUCGGCAGACGUCUCACGAAGAUGGAAUGGAGUGGCUCAGGUCCCAUUCAACAGGGGGGCUUCAGGACACGGGCAGCCCAAUGUCUCCCCCUGGAGCCUCCUGCACCAACGCUGGAAAAUACCACUAUUCCAACCUAUUGAGCCCUACCAACAUCAGCCAGUACAACCUACCGCCAGGCAGCAGCAACAUGAGCCGCUCCAACAGUAUCCCCGCCCAGGACUCCUUUGACCUGUACGGUGAUGGGCACCCACUGGGGGGCAGCGCCACCUCCCUGGAGGAUCGACCGCGGGCCAUCAGUCGCUCUGGCUCCUUCAGGGACAGCACUGAUGAAGUUCACGGCUCUUCAUUGUCUCUGGUCUCGAGCACGUCUUCACUGUACUCCGCAACAGAGGAGAAGGCACACUCAGAGGGCCAAACAGUCCAAAACUCCACGCAAAUCAGGAAGCUUCGUCGGGAGCUGGAUGCAUCUCAAGAGAAGGUCGCGACCCUGACAUCCCAACUGUCUGCCAAUGCUCACCUGGUGGCUGCCUUUGAGAAGAGCCUGAGCAACAUGACAUGUCGCUUGCAGAGCCUCACCAUGACUGCUGAGCAGAAGGAGUCUGAAUUGGUUGAGCUGAGGGAGACAAUAGAGACGCUGAAGACCCAGAAUACUGAUGCUCAAACGGCAAUACAGGUGGCACUCAAUGGCCCGGACCACCUCCAUAAAGAUCUGCGUAUAAGACGGCAGCACUCCUCAGAAAGUAUGUCAAGCAUCAACAGUGCAGCCAGUCAUUCCAGCAUGGGCAGCAUGGGCAAGGAUACCGAGGACAAGAACAAGAAGAAGAAGAAGAGCUGGGUGGCUGAUUCCAUCCCGGCUCAGCUGCGCAGCUCCUUCAAGCACGCCUUCAGCAAGAAGAAAACCAAGUCGCAGUCGGCCCACGAUGAGAUUGAAGAGAUGACCGACUCGCUUCCGUCCUCACCCAAACUGCAGCACGACAACCGGCAGGGCAGCAUCGCCACGCUACGCUCUUCGCCCUCCACCACAGAGCUAUGCGAGUGCACCGAGGCCGAGGCUGAAAUCAUCCUCCAGCUCAAGAACGAGCUGAGGGAGAAGGAGCUCAAGCUGACGGACAUUCGCCUGGAGGCACUAAGCUCCGCCCACCACCUGGACCAGAUUCGGGAGGCUAUGAAUCGCAUGCAGAAUGAGAUCGAGACCUUAAAAGCGGAGAACGACCGCUUGAAGUCCAGCAGCAACGCCACGCCGACAGCCACGCCCGUCAAGACGGCCCGGCCACCUUCGGAGACCUCCAGCACGUCCUCUUCCUCCUCGCGUCAGUCCUUGGGCUUGUCUCUCAACAACCUCAACAUCACCGACACCAUCAUGUCAGAUAUUCUGCUCGACGACAGCUAUGAGGGCAAUCUGCGUAAGGAAGGUCGGAAUGUUCGGAUUGUGGUUAACAUCAGCAGUGGACCGAGUACAACCAAGGGCACACAAAUGCAAGAGUACCUGAUUGGCUCAAUAGGUGUCAGUGGGAAAACCAAGUGGGAUGUCUUGGAUGGGGUGAUUAGACGCCUUUUUAAGGAGUAUGUGUUUCGGGUGGACCCGGUGACCAGUCUCGGCCUGAGCUCAGACAGCAUCAUCUGCUACAGGAUGGGCGAAGUGGUCCGCGCUCACUCCUCCGAAGUGCCUGAACUGCUGCCCUGCGGCUACCUGGUGGGCGACAACAACGUCAUCAAUAUUAACCUCAAAGGCGUCAAGGACAACAGCAUAGACAGUCUGGUGUUUGACACGCUCAUCCCCAAGCCCAUCAUCCAGCGGUACCUCAACCUGUUGAUGGAGCAUCGGCGGAUCAUCCUCUCAGGACCGAGCGGUACCGGCAAGUCCUUCCUGGCUGCAAAGCUGGCCGAGUUCAUCAUUUCCCAAAUGGGCCAGGAGGUGACUGAGCACAAUGUGGCCAGCUUCAACGUGGACCAGAAUUCCAGCAAGGAUCUUCGUCAGUACCUGUCCAACCUGGCAGAGCGAUGUAACUCUGAGGGGACAGACACAAAACUCCCCACCGUGGUCAUUCUGGACAACCUCCAUCACAUUAGCUCACUCAGCGACAUAUUCAAUGGCUUCCUCAACUGCAAGUAUCAUAAAUGCCCCUACGUCAUUGGGACCAUGAACCAGGGGGUCUCCUCCUCUCCCAAUCUGGAGCUCCAUCACAACUUCAGGUGGGUGCUGUGUACCAACCACACGGAACCUGUGAAAGGCUUCCUGGGUCGUUUCCAGAGGAGGAAGCUGAUCGAGACGGAGAUCACUAAAAACAUGCGCAGCAAUGACUUGAUUAAGAUCAUCGACUGGAUUCCAAAGACGUGGCAGCACCUCAACAGCUUCCUGGAGGCCCACAGCUCCUCUGAUGUCACCAUAGGCCCCCGUCUCUUCCUCUCCUGUCCCAUGGAUGUGGAAGGAUCCAGAGUGUGGUUCACUGACCUAUGGAACUACUCCCUCGUGCCCUACCUGCUGGAGGCUGUCAGGGAAGGACUUCAACUAUAUGGCAAAAGGGCCACAUGGGAAGAUCCCUCCAAGUGGGUGAGCGACACGUACCCGUGGAACGCGGCCUACCUGCAGCAGGAAGGCCAAUCGCUGCUCCAGCUGAGGCCUGAGGAUGUGGGCUACGAUGGUUACAGCUCAUCCAAGGAGGGAGCCUCGUCCAAGCAGGUGUCCCAGAGCGACACCGAGGGUGACCCCCUGAUGAACAUGCUGCUGAGGCUGCAGGAGGCGGCCAACUAUUCCAGCACGCAGAGCUGCGACAGCGACAGCACCAGUCACCAUGACGACCAGCUGGACUCCUCGCUGGAGUCUGCAUUAUGAGAUUCACGUUUGGUCCUGCACACCUUUAGUGCAUAUAUGAGAGGUUGUAUGAUCCAAAGUCACAAGUGAUGAUAUCAAGUUAAAGGGAAAAACAUCAACUAUCCUAUUAGGGGGUUUGUUGAGAAUUCCCAGAUUUGGAAUACAGCUUCUUAUAAAAGUGCACACUUCCAGUUUUGGAGGUUAGCAUCACAGAACUGGAAUAGUUGUUUUUUUAAGUUCAUGACAGAUGUUUACAAUAAGUGGGAAAGAGGAGGGCAGGUACUAUUGUUUUUGUAUUUCCUUGUUUACAGAGGUGCUUCUCAGACUCUCACAAAGAUGCACUUAUACAGACAGAGAGGUAUUAAUCGGUCCAAACACCCCAUGUGACCAACAAUGUAGCCUUCCAGAGGGCCUUUGAGCAGGGCAGUGCUCUCCAUGUGAUUGGCUAGCAAACAUAACAGAAUUGAAUGAAUAUUUCUAGUAAGACACAUGCAGGUGAGCCCCGGGGUGCUGGUGCUGGUCUUCCACCCUGAUUGUCAGCCGCAUUGACGUUACUGUGAAGAAAAUGGAAAAGUGCCAACGUUUGCCCAUUUGUGUUACUGCCACACUUGACGCUCUUAACACAAUGCAGACUUAACUGGGGUUAACAAGAUCAAGUUGGGUUCUGCACAAUAAGCAGGCAGGCAGCGCCCCCCUGUGGCCGCCUAGUCAAGUUAACAAUUGGUGCAACCGCAGCUCAUCAUCAUUACAGUUUUCCAAGGCGCAAAACGACAUGUGCAUCGAUUGGGAAAGUAAUCUGUAUUUAAAAAAAAAACACUUUAACAAAGGAACAGUGAUACUGGUGCUUUCUCGUUGCCUUAAAUGUGCAAAAAGGUUGCUUCCAUGUAAUAAGAAGAGGCUGACAUGGAUGAUGACGAUGAUGCUUUGCUUCCUUGCUUUGUCAAAACCAGCCUCUUUCAUUUCUUAUCACUCCUAGUAUAAAGUGCAAAAUUAAGAGUUCAUGUAUAUGAAUUUGAAACUGACCAAUAUUGUAGUAUAUAUACAUACAUAUAUAUAUAUAUAUAUAUAUAUUAAAGGGGGAGGGUUUGUGUUUUUUAGCCCAGUUGAGCUGGGCUCACUUGAACUGAAAGGAGCACAACCAAACUGUUUUUUUUAGCCUGACGAGCAUGCUUUGAGCUUUUUAACGGGAAAGAAUCAAGAAGAGAUAUUUACCUUUAUGUAUACAAGUAUUGGACGGAAGCCAUUUUUUUGAUUGUCCUCUCUUUGGUUGGUUUUGCACACUUGGGCAGGUUGUAAAUACUUAAGUCUUGCACAGAGAAUCAAAGAUGCAUUACUAAUAACCUGCUAAAUUAUUGUAGAGAAUUUAAAAGUGUGUGUGGGAGGGGGGAGGGGGGGUGCAAAAACUCAAACAUGCUGUCCGAAACAGGUGUGUGUCUUGUGAUGUCUGCCUAUGCAGGAGGCACACUGUGUAUACUGUAGGUAAUAAGAGAUUCCACUCAAAUCACAAAAUGACAAUUGUGCACUUUUCCAGUACGCUCCCAUCUUUGCCGUUUAAGUCAUUGGAUGCCGUUCGACUUCCUCUUUCAACAUUGGAGCCUAAUGAGGCUUGCUGGCUGUGGGGGCACUGAAGCUGACCUUGACUCCGUACUGUAUAACAAGCGACAGGUGCUACUGGUCAGUCAACGCCCAUCUGAGACAUCCAACCUCAGGACAACCCUCAACUCUACAAUCCUACUGUCAGCUUCAUGCGUCUCCGCAGCCAAGCCUCGCCAUGUGGCGUGCAUCUUAAGGGGUGUUGCCAUGGUUACACAAGCUGCGAUUCACCAGAGUAUCUGUUAGACUCCUAUUCUUGGUCAUUAGUUCUCAAGCUGGCUGAACUUUGACCUCAGUCGGUGUACAGCAUUAGAUUUGCAGUGGUUCUCAAAUAAAGCCCAUAGCAUUUACUCUGGUUGGAGAAGGGGAAAGUUUUUUUUUUGGGUGAAACAUUUGUCCUUAAAUGUUUUAUAUUUUGUACAUUUGUAUGUAACAUAUCAUGUAAAUAGACAGAGACAGUGAUUUAACUCAUCUGGAGGAUUUUGUAGUCUUUGUAAAGCCCUAAUAAUAAAUGGUAUUUGGUGUCACACA